AAGUAAAAAACAAAAGAAAUGAAAAAUUUGAAAAAUUCCAAAUUAUUUUCUAUAUCAAUAUUAUGUCUACUUCAGAUUAUAAUAAAAGUAAACGCUCAGUUAAGCCCUUCUUAUCGUAAAUUACAUAGCGCGGUUCUCGUUGAAAAAAAACUAUAUAUUUUUGGUGGUUUUAAUAGUCCUAAUUUAGCUCCUGAAAAUGAGGUUAAUUAUAAUAAAAGUCCAGAUGACAGAUUUUUUUAUCUUGAUGUUUCAAUUUCAUUUGAUACCUCAAACUUACCGUGGAGAUCAGUAUCAAAUAAUGUAGAUAAUUUACCAUUAGGAUCAUUAUCAUCAGUAGCUACCGGAGGUGUAGCAGCAAGUAUUGGAGGUGUAAAUAAUGAUAUGAUAUUCUUUUUUAAUAAUGAAAGAGAUAAUGCAACAAAAUCAGAUCCUCCAGUUCACUCUUACAAUUCACCGAAUAAUGUAUGGAAUACACAAAUUUUUUCAGGAAACAAUCCUAUUGGUAGAAAUCAAAUGAGAAUUGUUACUGAUUAUAAUGGAAAAGUAUACUUGCUUACUGGGUUUGACUUUACUAUUCAAGGAGUAACUCGCUCUAGUGGUCUAUUCGUUUGUGAUACAAUAAAUCUGGAUUGUGUAAUCAAAGAUGCUCCUUUUCCUAGGCUUGGUUAUGGUGCUACUUUGUUACCAAAUGGAAUGAUAAUUUACAUAGGUGGAGGAGAUAGAAACUAUGUUCCUAUUCGAGAUGGUUUUAGAUUAAUAUAUUUAUAUGAUCCAGCUAAUGUUGAAUGGAUUCCAAAAGUCACUACAGGAAAAAAACUUUCUGAUGAUGUUGGAUUUACAACAGUACUUGGAUUAAAUGGAGAUAGAAUAAUUCUUUAUGGAGGUAAUAAUAAUAAUGAUGACAAUAAUUUAUAUGUAUUAAAUCUUACAAAUUAUGAGUGGUUUGUACCAAAAGUUAGAGGAAAAGGCCCUCAAUAUAAACGUGGUGAACAUUGUGCUAAUGUAAUUGGAAAAUAUAUGGUUAUAACAUUCGGUUCUAAUGGUGUUCUUGAUGCUAAAUAUAAAGAAGAUGGUGAAAGUGAUGUACUUUUGCUUGAUAUUAGUGAUGAUUCAGAAUAUGUUUGGACAACUUCUUUUGACCCUACUCCAUUAAAAAUUAAUUCCACACCAUCAAAUUCCUUAUCAUUAAAACCAGCAACAAACAAUACAAGUAUUAUAGUUGGUUUAACAAUUGGAUUAAUAUUAUUUAUUUGCAUAUUAUCUGGAAUUACAAUCUUUUAUAUAAGAUAUAAAAAUUCAAACAAAGCUAUCCCAACUCCUGGUAAUGUUGUUAAAGAUGGAGACAUAAUAACUAUUCCUAGUGAUUAUGAAUUAUCUCAUGGAAAAUAUAGAAUUUGAGGUAAAAUAUAUAUAUAAUGAUUAAUGAGAAUUAUUUUUUUAUUUUAUUUGAAUUUGUAAUAAUCUUGUAGAUCCGCGUUAGUUUUAAAUCUGCUUUUAUACUUUAAUUUAAUAAAUAUACUGUAUUAUUCGCGAUUUGUAUAGUUUCUUUUA